UCCAUCAUGGAAAUAAAUGGUGUUAUUCUCCCUCGCCCCUUUUCUUUUUGCUUUUCCCUUUUUGUAUCGUCAAGGCAGGUAGAUAUUCGCGGCAACUUUGCGAGGCUGCUUUAUAUAGUGCUGGCGUGUGGGCUCCAUUUUCUGCUUUCUGGUUGGUCUACAACUCUGAAAUGUACUGGAACAGCAAAGUGGUCUUAGCGUGGGAUUAGUAACUGUGCUGAAUAGGUCACAGAUGGGGCGAUAGGAGCAUUUUAUUAAUGACGUAAGGCUGCAUGAAACAAGUCUGCUUUUUCUUUUUUUUUAAUAUUCAUGCUGGGGGAGGGGGAAUAUCUUUCUAAUGGGAUGUAAUCAACUUGAAACCGCUGUCUGCAAGCUGGCAUGUCACCUAUCGUCACAAACCAACCACGCAUAGUGAAGGAAACAUUGCAUAUGGAUUUUUUUUUUAAUUUUUUUUGUAUUUUUCCCCUCCCCGUGCUGCCUGAGGCUUUGGCAGCCGGUUGGAGCUGCCGCUGCUGCGCUGCCGGCGGGUGCCCGGGCUGGAGCCUGGUGAGAUGACAUCACCCCCUUGGCGGCUGGGGAGCAGCACCCAGAUUUUCCUUUUUUGAAUUUUUUUUAUUUGUUUUUUUUCCUUUUAUUAUUUUCCCCCCUUUUCUGUGCCUAGUACAUGUUUUGGGGGGGGGGGAAGGGGGAUAGGCUGGGGAGCACCUUUAUUUAGGCAAACCUUUUCCUUAGAAUACUGGCAGCUUUACAAGGUGGCUUGGGCUCUUUUUUGUUUGUUUGUUUGUUUGUUAUUCCUCUGGAGUAGUCCAUAGCAUUUAAAGAGGGUUGCAAAAAAAUCCUAUUUUCUCUUCUGUCUCCCAGCUGUGAAGAAAAAGGCUUUUUGAGGAGGAGAUAUGCCAUGGGGUGUUUGAUGAGUGACUGCGUGUGUGCUGGAGGGGCUGGGAAGGAGUUUAGGAUGUGGGAGAUACUAUUCGGUUUCUGCUUCUGAUAGUGAGGCAGUAUCAGACGUGUAAAGAAAGGGGGAUGGGAAAUGAGGCAUUUUAAAUGUUGUUAACAUUUAGCAGUAGUAUUUCCAGACCGUCCUGUGCUCUCUUGUAGAAAAAAACCUUUGCUGGAAAGGCCCCUGGGAGCCCAGGAGGACCAUGUGUAACAACUUUUAAAAAUAAACUUUCGGAUUCCAGGACAGGCUAAUCGUGGAGCCCUCUGCCAGCUGUUUCUGUCAGGAUUAGCCAGACCUGAACGUACGCAAGCAGAGUUUCACUUCAGACCAGAGGAGGCUGAAAUGCAGCAGGGUUGAACCGGCUCUUCUUGCCCCAGGAGAUGGUUGACUGGGCUCGGUGAAGGGUUUGGGCUGCAAAGCCCUGUGGUAGCGACCGUCUUCGCCUUCACCCAGACCAGGGUGGUGCCUGACAGUACCCACCGUAAUCAAAUAGAAAUACAGACCAUGUUUUUGAGGAAAUGGGUGAUGCCGCUCCUGGGUGCUUGGGAAGCUCUUUGCCACACAGCAGGGUUGCAGAAUGUCCAUGUAACUCAGGUUUCAGCUCUAGAAGGGCAUCCUGCUGUGCAGAUUUUGUAUGGCUUGUAAAAUAAAGGGAAGGUAUGUGCCUUUGCCCAUUGCUGGGUGGACGAUGCCUGCUUGCACUAGCCUUCUCAAAGUCAUAGUGCUGUCGCCUCUGCGCUUGAGGCUGCUGGAUCACCGCCAUUCAGGAUGGACAACCUCCUCGCUCCUUUCUUCAGAUUGAAGUGGAUCUAGGGACGAAUGGAUGACUGAAUAUUCAUAUGAAGAGGAAAGCCAUAAAAGACAUCAACGCCUUUGAGAACAGAAUGUUAAUGCUUGAUGGGAUGCCGGCAGUCAGAGUCAAAACAGAGCUGCUGGAAUCCGAGCAAGGGUCUCCAAACGUCCACAACUACCCAGAUAUGGAAGCUGUACCCUUGUUACUAAACAACAUGAAGGCAGACCCCGUGGAAGACUCAUUAUCCGCAGACCAUUUCCAAACACAGACUGAACCAGUGGACUUGUCAAUAAACAAAGCCAGGUCAUCCCCUACAGCAGCUUCAUCUUCACCGGUUUCCAUGACAGCAUCAGCCUCCUCCCCUUCUUCUACGUCUACUUCUUCUUCUUCUAGUCGACCAGCUUCAUCACCUACAGUAAUAACAUCGGUAUCUUCAGCAACAUCUGUACCGUCAGUAUUAACUCCAGGUCCUCUUGUGGCCUCUGCAUCUGGUGUUGGAGGCCAGCAGUUUUUGCACAUUAUCCAUCCAGUACCACCUUCAAGCCCCAUGAACUUACAGUCCAACAAAAUGAGUCACGUGCACCGUAUCCCCGUGGUGGUACAGUCGGUACCUGUUGUCUACACAGCUGUGAGAUCGCCUGGGAAUAUGAACAACACUAUAGUAGUACCACUCCUGGAGGAUGGGAGAAGCCACGUCAAAGCACAAAUGGACCCCCGAGGCCUAUCUCCCAGACAAAUUAAAAGUGACAGUGAUGAUGAUGACCUGCCAAAUGUGACCUUAGAUAGCGUUAAUGAAACUGGAUCUACAGCGCUCUCCAUAGCCAGAGCAGUACAAGAAGAGAGCAUGUGGGGCUGUGCCAGGUCAGCUGUUAACCCUUUUCGUUUUUUCAACUCCAGUUCAAUUUCACCAUUCAGUAUUGAGAGCACAAGGCGUCAGAGAAGGUCCGAGUCUCCAGACUCCAGGAAGCGGCGCAUCCAUCGGUGCGACUUCGAGGGAUGCAACAAGGUGUACACAAAAAGUUCCCACCUGAAGGCUCACCGGAGGACGCACACAGGAGAAAAACCGUACAAAUGUACCUGGGAAGGCUGCACCUGGAAGUUUGCUCGCUCCGACGAACUGACGAGGCAUUACCGCAAGCACACGGGAGUGAAGCCGUUCAAGUGUGCAGACUGUGACCGCAGCUUCUCCCGCUCAGAUCACUUGGCGCUCCACCGCCGCAGGCACAUGCUGGUUUGAGAAACGCUACCUGUUCCAGCCGAGUUUAAGAGCUGGGUCUCUUAACUACCCGGAGUGGAUUCAGCAGGGCUGAGUCCCCCCCACCCCCUCUACAGUGUUAACAGGCAGGGCUUUCCCUGAUGUCCGUAACAAAAAAUAAUAACAGGAAUUUAAAGAAAAAAAAAAAGCAGGAAAAGAAGUGCCACUCUUCUCCUCGCCAUCUGAAGUUAACCCUGUCUGCCCCUCAGCAUGGCUACCCCCUGAAAGUGUCACCACAGUCACCUGGGAAAUAGCAGCCGAAAUGCUACAGGAAUGGGCAUUAUUUUACAUGCUGCAUCCUUUGACAAAAAAUGUUUAUAGCUUGUAUGUUUUCUCAGCUGUCGAACAUUUUGUUCCUGAAGAAUCACUGCUGAUUGGAGGAUUAGAUACCACAAACCGAUGAUGAUGAUGAUGAUGAUGAUGAUGAUGAGAGCAAGACCACUAAACCUUUAUUAUCCCGUCUUUUCCCCUUGUUUUGAAUACCAUCUGGCCGGUGUCAGCGUUGUGCCCGAGCUGUGCUACAGACAAGCUGCGUGUGAGUAGGCAAGAAGAUUCUGCUGGAGAGGUCCCGCUGUCGGAGCUGAAGGGUCACUUGAGCAGACUUUUGCAAUAACAAUAGUGGCAUUUUAAUAUUGUACCACAAUUUGCCAUUAUGCCCUAGAGGACACCAGCCAUUUAACCUUUUAUCUCUUUUUUUUUUCCCUUUCUUUUCUUUUAUUGUUGUUGUUGAAGUCUGUAAAAUAAACAAGGGGCAGCAGCAUUUCUGCUGAAAGUACAAUAUUAAGUAUCUGUAUUUUACCAUGGGCUUAUUUAGGACCAUUUUCUGAUUUGUAUAGAAAGAGCUCAUCUAAAAACUACUACCCUAUUCUCAAAAUACAGUUUUCUUUCAUGUAGGUAUUCUCUUCCCCACAACCAUUAUUUGAACACAAGGAAACAUCUUAAAAUCACUGGUACCAUGGUUAGUGGUGUAGCCAUUCUUGAAAUGGAAUUCAAUGUACCAACAAAACGAAACAGAGAAGAAACGGCUGUAUCUCUUGCAGAGAAAAAGCAAUAAUGAGUAAAUUGGCUCUCGAGACAAUAGUUUACCCCACGCCAACAGACGGGAGGGGUAUGCAGAGGUAGGCACGUAAGAUCAUUUAAGUUAAUCUUUCUGAUGGUUUCACUGACCUGCUAGGUAGCACAAUUAAGUACUUUCAUUUCCUUCAACAUAAUACAUGUGUCUGGAAAGCAAGAAAGAUAAAGCACAGAACUGAUCGUUGAGGACUCAGUGGGCGAACCGUAAGUUGGAAAGAGAAAUGUUUCUGUGGCGGUGCUCUGCAAGACAUUAGGUUUCUCCCUGGGAGUUAGGGAAUAACAAGAUUUUGCCAGCUGUGUAGUAUCGUAUAAAUGGCCCUUUAUAUGGGUACCAGUGGCUGUCUCUGCUGGGAUUUUCGAUCCAAGCCUUUUCAUAUUAAAUAAAAGGAAAUUCUUGAUCAUUCCCAUACAGCCCUGUAAUUGUGAACCAAUUUGUAUUAAUUUAAUUACAUAAGAAAGAGAGAAACUUUUAGUCAUCAGUUGUUCAUGCAAAUGGAAUAGCAUUUUUCUGUUUUCUUUCCUUACGAGGAUCUGCCUAUUCAGCUAAAUUUGACAAAGAGGAGGCUUGGCAAGAUUUUUUAAGUGUUGAGAUUUUUAUAGCUUAGAGAUGAAAGAUGUAUACAUAAAGGUCUUUUGCAAUGCAUUUAAUUAUGAGUAUUUGGUUCCAGGAAUCGCACAUAUUAAACUUGUGAUACCACUUGUUCAUUUUUAAAUGUUUGACCAGUCUGAAUUAAUCUCUGAUUCCUGAAGUAACCGUAGUAAUGUUGGGGGAUUCUGAAAUUUAGGUAAUCUUUAAGAAAAAACAGCACAGACUACCCGUACGGAUACUGAAAGCAAUUACAGUUAAUUGAGGAUUAGUGUGACUGGGAUAACACUUUAUAACAGCAUUCCAGGCCCUAGACUUUGAUGGUCUUUAAAGACAUUCUUAAUAUUCCGCGGUACCAAAUAUCUUAUCAGCUCUCUGAAAGAAGAACUUCAAUACCGGUAAAGCUCAGGCUUCCCUCUGCAGAGAAACCCAAGAUUAAUCAUUUGCAGCCAUUGUGGGAAAAUUGCCUCUAUCAAUUCACAUUGACUGUGUCGGUAAUCAGCUUCCACCAAAUUCAGGAACGUUUUGGUACCCAGCUCCAAAUCAGGAAUGAAGCAGAGGCACCGAGUGUUCGUGAAGAGGCUGCGAUGGAUCAGGGCUUCUGGACAGGCUGUGAGGCACCACAGGGCAGCAGACCUGGGCCUUUCCCAGCAGCGUCGCUGCUGUUGGUUUAAAAAAGUGGUUGUCGGUCAUGGAUUAUGUCCCAUGUCUGUCUUUUCUGUACUUCAGUAUCGUCCCCUUAAAUGGAUCUGUUGUUCUCAGCGUUUAGGGAAAGAAGUCAGGUCAGGUAGAAGUCAAUUGAUAAAACUCUUUUCCUGCCCGAGAACGUUUUACCGACUAAUUACUUGAAUAGCAGUAAUUUAGUUGAAGAACUGAUGUCAUACAGAAUUCCUUUCAGACUCUGAUGAUUUUCUCCCACAGAAAGUUAAGCUUGUUUGACCAGAAACUCGCACGGUCAUUCUGUUAGCAUACAAGAGGAGCAGUGAGAGAGAUCAUCUCUGAUGUUAUUCACAAAGGCAGGGUAUAACUGAGAGAGACCAGUGUCCUCUUUAGGCUUCCCCUGUAGUCAGUGAACAGAGAAAAAACUCCUCUGAGAGAAACUGAGAAGCCUUAAAUUUCAGCAUUCAGCUCUGAACUGCCCCAAGGAGGGGCAUGUGUAUCAGAGACCCUGGGGAGGCUCAUCUCCCGAGGCUGGUCUGUGUGAAUCCCUUGUCUUUCAGCUGGUUGCCCACUACUUGAUGUGUAGGAAACACUGCAACAGAAAGAGGGCCUGCUUUUAUUCAAGAAACCCCAAAGUGACAUAGAGUCAAAGCAGCGCUCACGCCAAGGGGCACUGCCACAGAGCGUGUCAGUGGUAACAGAAUGAAACCAAAAGGUAAAGGGGUGUACGCUAAAUUUUCUCAUUUCACAGGAAGUAUAUCCUCAGCCUUUCCAGCAUCCAUACGAGGGCUUUUUUGUGAUGCUGUUACCUCUGGACAACUUACACUUCCAGCAGCAGUCCGCCACUGGGUUUCAAGCUACCCAGUAUGGUUCUUGGCGAGUUUCUUAUUCAUAGAAUCAUAGAAUGGUUUGUGUUGAAAAGGACUUUAAAGAUCACCUAGUUCCAAUCCCCUGGGCAGGGACACCUUCCACUGGACCAGGUUGCUCAAAGCCCCAUCCGGCCUGACCUUGAACACUUCCAGGGAUGGGGCAUCCACAACUUCUCUGGGCAGCCUGUUCCAGUGCCUCAGCACCCUCACCGUGAAGAAUUUCUUCCUCAUAUCUAAUCUAAAUCUACACUCUUUCAGUUUAAAGCCAUUACGCCUUGUCUUAUCACUACAUGCCCUUGUCAAAAGUCCCACUCCAGCUGUCUUGUAGGUCCACUUUAGGUACUGGAUGGCUGCUAAAAGGUCUUCCUGGAGCCUUCUCCAGGCUGACAAUCCCAGCCUGUCUUCACAGGAGAGGUGUUCCAGCCCUCUGAUCAUCUUUGUGGCUUCCUCUGGAUCGUCUGUUGGGGGCUCCAGAGCUGGAAAAAGAACUCCAUGUGGGAUCUCACAAGAGUGGAGUAGAGGGGCAGAAUCACCUCCCUCGACCUGCUGGUCACACUCCUUUUUGCACCAGCAUUUGCAGGCUUUGACCCAAAAUACUCUGUGAUGUUGUUUUCUGGUUUGUUUUCCCCUUCAGAAGUAUUUUAAGAGAAGUUACUGUGUGUGAGGGGAGUAUUUGGAUUUGGAGCUGAUGCCCCGCAGAUUCUCAGGGUGUCCUUCUCUCAGUGGCUGCGUUUCAGACCCACCAAACUUGUGCUUAUGCAAAGACCAAGAGCAAUUGCUCCAGGGUGGUUUCCUCAAAAAUCCUGGUGUCCUACCGCAGAUCUGUGACAUUUCCUAACUGUGGCAAAGGUCAUAUGUAGCAUGCAGAAAUAUCAGAUCUCAUUCUUGACACAACACAGUAGGUCCAUCUUAAUUGAGCAGUUGGGAGAGGCAAAUAUUCAGCAUCCCAUUCUUUCAGAAAGACAGAGAUAUUAUGCUUCUAAGUGUGAGUAAACAUGGGUAGUAUCCACUGUGCCCGUUACAGCUUACAAAGCAAGCUAGGCCACAAGGUGUCAGAUUUCGUGUUUUCAAAAGGGUUCAAUUGAUUUGUCAGGAAAUCUCAGUAGCCAGCAUUAUAGGAAAAAGUAAAGAGCAAACAGCUUUGAUACAGAACUUUUUAAAUUGUAAAUUGUCAUCGUUUUUUGAGCGCCUGUUUUAUUCAACACUGUAAAAUUGGCUCAUUGCAACAGCAAUUUAUACUUGGGGAUGAAGAUGCAGUAUUCCUUACUCUCUAUCAUGCUUACACAAUUAAUUAAAUAGAUUUAGACUGACCUGUAUAUAUGAUCAUUUGCCGAAGUAAUGUAUAACAAAAUUAACAGUGUUGAAAAUUACAUCAGUGAUGUUGAUGUCUGGGGUAAACUCGCAGUGCAGAGCAUAGAUAAAUAGCUGGACAGCCUUUCUCCCCUCUAAUGAUGGGAAUAACACUGAUCAUAAGUUUCAUUUUCCAUUAGCCGCAUUGAAAAUGUAUUCUAGUUGCCAUUUAUAAAUUUAUCUUCUGAUAAUAAAUGCUGUUUAAUGGAACAAAUCUCUUUCUCCUUUAUUGAAGAUGGGUACCUCUAAAUCAGAGUCAGUUUCCCUAUUAAUAUCCUGCUUAUUUUUUACUUUGAAUUUUGGUUUGGAAAGGUCAGUGUGUGAAACUGCAUCUUCCACAGCAGACAAGUCUUGAGAUUGUUCGGUAAAUAAUCCACGCUGGUCCUGUAUGCUCAUCCCUACACUCGUGCAUAUAAACCCCAGCAUUUCCAUGUUCCUCCACCCAUGUGCAGGUAAUAAACAUGUUUACUUAAAAAAAAAAUAAUAAUAAUAAAAGGAAGAAUUGGAAAUAAACACUGUAAAAGAAAAUACUACCUUCUUAAGUACUUAACUAUCUCAUGUUAUUAUUUCUUUGCCUGUGAUUUAUAACUGGAGAAGUGCACAAAGAAAUUUAAAGAUAUUGUUAUAAUUUCACAGUUGUACUGUAGCAUAACAGUUGCUGUGUAAUAUGUGCUUAUGAAGUCAUGCCCACUGGUACCUUGGAGAGCCUUAAAUUCUGAUCGGUUUCUGCAGUAAAUCAGGUUUUAAUACAAAAAAUAUAAGGAUGCUGCAUCUUUGUAAAUCAAAAUACCUUGAAAAUAUUCUACUAAUAGCAGUUUAAAUAUUCUGUAACAUACAUAAUAGUGGAAAAGUACUUUCAAAUUCAAAAGUUUACAUGGGGUGUGCAUAGGUUCAAUGAAGUACAUUUUUAAAAAUGUACUUUCAUCAGGAAAACUGGUAAGAUAAUGUCUUGCAAAGCUUAAACACAAAAUGUAAGAAGAAUAUGGAUCUGUUUUGUCAGAGCAUGUUUUCUCUGCAAAAUGGAGUGGCCUCUUCUUUCCUGUUUCGCAGAUGGCGUGUGAUAUAGCAAAGUCACACUGAGUCCUUCAGUGUCGAAUAAGUCAACACUCAGAAUGUCUUUGACUGAAUAAAGGAAAAAAAGCAAUCGAAAUGAAAACCAUGUGAAAGGUUUGGGGGUUUUUGUGUGGGUUGGUCGUUUCUUUUCUUUCUGGCAUUUUACAGUGAAGUGCAGAUACAGUAACAGCAAACUCUCAUUUGGUUUUAUUUCUCCUUGUAUUUCCUUGACCAUGAUGCAUCUUUAAUAAAGGUUGCAGAGCUGAAACAGGCAGCUGCUCUUCGCUGAUUCCAGGGGAGUUUAGUCUUCUAGGUGCAGUAGCAUGGCAGCAAAAUCAAUUGUAGCAGGACAGUUGUGACAUGUAAAAUGCACACGUACUUCAGCAAGAUAGCCUAAAAAUUUUUUUAAAAGAUGAAACAGAAACUGAAAGUGCCUGUAAUUAGAACUGAUGGGAUGUUCCUAUACUUUUACACAGCAAUAACUUACAGAAUUCUGUUAACAGUAAGGUGAAAAUGAAAUUUUACUCGGAGAACAAUAAUGCAGCACAGAAAUAAACACAAAGUGCCAUUUGUAUUUUCACAUGUUGAGAUGUUGUGUUAGAGGUUUUAGUUAUUUUCUCAGAUAACAUCUGUCAUAUACUUGUAAGAAAAAAUUGAACCUUAGUUGACAAAUUGCUCAUAUCCAUAUUGAUUCUCAGUAGGUAUGAAUGGAGCUCAUUGUCAAACAGUGUUUUAGGGCAUUUCUUCCUAAUUUAUGUCUGAUGUUCUGAUGUAUCUAGGGUAUUCUCUAGUGAAAUAAUCCCAAAACCAGCAAUAAGCCCAAUGGGGCUUUUUUAAGGUAUAUGGUAGAAUGAGGUUUCUCUUAAAAAAUCCUCUACAUCGAACUCUGGAAACUCAGAGUUCACCUUAUGUCUCCUUCCUAUUUGUCAUGUAAUGCUCAUAGUAUUUAAAAUCAUCUUAGAACUGGUUGGCUUCAGGAGUGGACAAAAUAUAUCACUUACUUUUCUUUCUUUUGGGGACAAAUGAGUGAAAAAUUGGGGACUGUCAGUCUAGAGAGUAUUUGAAUAGCAAACAAGAAGUUGAUAUUCCUAAAAUGGAGUAAGGAUAAUUUUAUCUUGAGGGGCCUAAAUAUUUGUAUCAAUAGACUAAUUGAUAUUACGAGAAACUGGUCAGCUGUGACUCUUCCACUCUUUUUGUUUUCUCAGUUAUUAUUUUUUCUUUAUUCUGGUAGGUUUCUGAAACAAAAAAAAAAAAAUGAACUGCUGCUAAUGGAUUCUUAAAAUAGCAGUGUAAUGCCAUCCCUCAUGGUUCUUCUGUUUCUAAAAAAUGAAUGUAUUUGAGAUCAAAAUGUAACUGGUUGUCCUAGUACUUUUGCCAUGGCAGAUUGCUUUCCAUCCUCUAAAUGUGUACCUGUCGUUGAUCCAGGCAGAGUUUUGGUUCUUAAAACUUCCACACUUUUGCCAAGACUUGUGCUGCCAGCAGUGGGUGGUUUCUGGAGUGGGAGGGUGGGCAUUGGGAUUUAAUGCACUGAGGUAGGAUUGGGUGUGCGUGAAGAUGCUCAUGUACAGAAGAAAGUGCAGGUGGAAAAUCAUUUUUAAAAAAGCACAUGGAUUUGCAUGUAAAAACUAGAUGUUUACGCAUGUCCGUUAAUCAUGUGGCAAGACUGCUAGUUUAAUAAGAUCUUGUUUUUAAAUAUUAGCCACUGGUGGAAAUAAAUCCAUCAGAACAUGCGUGUACUUGCUCUGUCAUACUGAGCUUAACCUCCAGAUAUUAAGCACAUUAAAAAAACACAACUCAUGCUGGGGAUUUUAGGAGGGCACCAGGCAACGCGUCGUCAGAAGGACACAGGAAAUAUUCGUUCCUUACCUGGCACCUGGGCUGUGGUUGGUGAAGAGGGUUUGGUUCUUAGUUCUACGUGGAGGCACCUUUAGAAACCUGCAGUGUUGGGAGGAUUGGCUGACGCCAGCCAUACAUGUGUUAGUUCUUUGGUAGGAAAAGGCACCUUGUCUUCACCAUGCCAAAAAUGCCAUGUAUGCAUCUUAUAUUUUUCAUUUUGAAAAGCCCACGGUUUAUUUCUUUCCUCAUCAUCCUUUACAUCGCUCCCUUGAUAGUGUAAGUUCCCUGCUGAACACCCACACAGUGUGUUCUCUUGACCCACUGUCUGUCCCUAAAAAGUUGUAUCUCCCAUUUGCACUUGCAAUAGAAAAUACACAGAGGUAGUAAUGAAUUACUGAAGUUUCAUGCACCAUCAGCCUUAAGACCUUCAACCCACACACAGAGACACACACAUUCAUACGCUCAAGUGAAAGAGAGACUUGGACACUGCUAUCAACAUGUGAGGUCAAAAAUAGUAUUAAAAUUGGAAAGUUCUUUCAGCUGUGUUUAGGAAGAAACAACAAUGAAAAAUACCGUUCUUGGCCAAGUCACUUAUGGAUGAAGCAAAUUCCCCUAUGGCAUUGGUUGAACAAAAUCCUGAGGAUGGGGUUGCAUUUGGCCCCAAGUCGUUCCUUCUUAUCAAGUUAUUAUCGUUGUAUGUACCCAUGAGUGUUCAUUUGAUCCUCCUGUGUAAAAAUACAAAAACAUCCCUUAAGUUUACAAAGUGAUUUAUUUGGGAUUGAAGCUUCACAGCAAUGGAAUUAGUAUGUACGGCACCUCAAUCUUUUUCCUAGAUAAGAUGCAAAAGGGAGGGUCAUUAUCGGUAACCCCAUAGAGAUAAUAGUGUCAAUAGAAGUCCUACACUUAAAAGGAAUAAAAAUACCAGUGCUAGCAAGCAAACAUAUUAGUUUCUUAAGUCUUUCUUUUGCCUUCUUUUCAAAAGCUUUUAAAUGCAAAAAUUACUUUUCUUCAAAAAAAAAUAAAAGUAAUCAUCUGAAGAUCUAAUUUCCCAAUAGUUUCCUCUGCAUUUAUAUACUACGUAGUGCUUAGGCAACACCUAUGUUAUAAGUUUAUUAAUAUUAUGUAAGUGUUGUUCUUGUAUUUAUGUAUAGUGUAUGUAUUGUAAAUAUACUCAGAGCUUUUUUUCCUCUUACUGUAAAAUGGUGAUUUUUGCCCUAUGAUAAUGUAAAGGGAGUCCCCUAAUGAAAUUCUGUCAGAGGAUGAUUAUUCCAGUCUAUUCUCAAAGAUUUAAAUGAACAAGUGUUAUCGUUUUUAAUGGUGUCUCAGACAUAUUUUGUUGGUGCAUUGCUUUUCUGUAUUCAACUUUCCUAUGAAUUGAGCUGUGAAUUGAAAUAGAGUUUAAACCUUUAAAUGUAUGCAUUUGUAUAAUUAUCUGAAUGGAGGCAUGAAGGUUAAAUAAAGCAUUUUGUAUGGAACAAAA